UUCAGCAGAGUAGCUCAUUCACCGCCUACCAUUACCAUGGCCUUCUCUGCUCUUCCUCUACCUCUCUCCACACCCUCUCCCUCCACUCAAACCUCAAUAGCCAACCCUCCUGAACACCUCUCGUCCUCAGCCCUCCCACUCCCAAAACUCAAAACCCCAACCAUUCGCUCCCGCCUCAGCAAACUCUGCCAAGAAGGCCAACCUCUCCUUGCCCGCCAACUGUUUGAUACUCUUCCUCGCCCAACAACCGUUCUCUGGAACACCAUCAUCAUUGGGUUCAUUUGCAACAACAUGCCCAAUGAAGCCCUCUUGUUCUAUGCCCAGAUGAAGGCCUCCUCUCCCCACAUCAAGUCUGACUCUUACACUUACUCUUCUACCCUGAAAGCGUGUGCUGAUACCCGCAAUUUCAAGAUGGGUAAAGCCCUGCAUUGCCAUGUUCUUCGGUGCCUACCGAAUCCCAGCAGGAUUGUAUGCAAUUCACUUUUGAAUAUGUACUCUGCUUGCUAUACUGACUUUGAUUAUUCUGGGUAUGAUUUAGUACGUAGAGUGUUUGAUACAAUGCGUAAGAGAAACGUGGUUGCGUGGAAUACUCUGGUUUCAUGGUAUGUUAAGACUGAGAGAUAUGCAGAAGCAGUCAAGCAAUUUACGAUGAUGAUGAGAAUGAGAAUAACACCGAGUGCUGUUAGUUUUGUCAAUGUUUUCCCUGCCCUUUCUGCUAUGGGGGACUAUAAAAAUGCGAAUGUUUUAUAUGGUAUGCUUCUUAGAUUGGGUGAUGAAUAUGUGAAGGACUUGUUUGCCGUGAGCUCAGCAACAUUUAUGUACGGCGAACUUGGUUGCCUUGAUUAUGCAAGGAAGAUUUUUGACCAUUGUUUAGAGAGAAACACAGAGAUUUGGAACACCAUGAUUGGUGCGUAUGUUCAAAAUAACCUUCCUAUUGAAGCAAUCAGCCUUUUCUUUCAAGCUGUGAAGUCAGAACAGGCUAUUCUUGAUGAGGUGACUUUUCUAUCAGCUUUAACUGCAUGUUCGCAGUUGCAACAGUUGGAAUUAGCUGGGCAACUACAUGCUUUUAUUAUCAAGCAUUUGAGAGUGAUGCCCGUUAUUUUACAAAAUGCAACUAUCGUGAUGUAUUCAAGGUGCAAUUCUGUUGAGAUGUCUUUCAAAAUAUUUCAUAAAAUGCCUGAGAGGGAUGUUGUUUCGUGGAAUACUAUGGUUUCUGCAUUCGUUCAAAAUGGGUUAGAUGAUGAAGCUUUAAUGCUUGUUUCUGAGAUGCAAAAGCAACAGUUUAUGAUUGAUUCCGUAACUGUAACUGCUCUACUUUCGGCUUCAUCAAAUCUUAGAAACCUGGAUAUUGGAAAGCAGACCCAUGCUUAUCUUAUUAGGCACGGAAUACAAUUUGAGGGGAUGGAAAGUUAUCUCAUUGACAUGUAUGCUAAAUCUGGUUCAGUAAGGAUUGCAGAACGAAUUUUCAAAACAGAGUAUACUCAUGAUAGAGAUCAGGCCACUUGGAAUUCUAUGAUUGCUGGAUACACACAGAAUGGGCUAACUGAAGAAGCUUUUGUUGUCUUUAGGCAGAUGCUUGAGCAGAAUCUAAUACCAAAUGCUGUCACCUUAGCAUCAAUUCUCCCAGCUUGUAAUCCAGUGGGAAACAUAGAUAUGGGUAAGCAGCUCCAUGCGUUCUCUAUCCGCCAGUACCUUGACCAAAAUGUAUUUGUCGGAACUGCCCUAAUUGAUGUGUACUCCAAAUGUGGCGCAAUCACUAAUGCUGAAAAUGUAUUUACUGGAACCCAUGAGAAGAAUUCUGUCACAUACACCACAAUGAUACUGGGAUAUGGUCAACAUGGAAUGGGGAGAGCUCUCUCUUUGUUUCACUCAAUGCAGAGAUCUGGCAUUGUACCUGAUGCCAUUACCUUUGUUGCAGUCUUGUCUGCCUGUAGUUAUGCUGGUUUGGUUGAUGAAGGUCUUUCUAUAUAUGAUUCAAUGAAAAGGGAGUACAAUAUUAAACCAUUAACGGCACACUAUUGUUGUAUAGCAGACAUGUUAGGGAGAGUUGGAAGAGUGGUUGAAGCUUAUGAAUUUGUCAAAGGGUUGGGUGAAGAGGGUGAUGUGACGGAAAUUUGGGGAUCACUCCUUGGGGCGUGCAGAAUUCAUAAACAUUUUGAAUUGGGAAAGAUUGUUGCUGAGAAAUUGCUUGAAAUUGAGGCAGGAAAUGGCAAGACUGGCUACCAUGUCUUGCUCUCAAAUAUUUAUGCCGAGGAAGGAAAGUGGGAAAAUGUUGACAGAGUGAGGAAACAAAUGAGGGAAAAAGGCUUGAGAAAGGAGACUGGAUGUAGUUGGAUUGAGAUUACCGGUUUUCUGAACUGUUUUGUGUCUAGGGACCAAAAGCACCCUCAGCGUGAUGAGAUAUAUGAUAUGUUGGAGGAAUUGACUACGACGAUGAAAGAUACUGGUUAUAGGCCUUCUCUCAGUUCCCCUCUAGAUGCAAUCAUGGAGCCUAAUGAGUGAUGAAGCAUACUGGAUAAAGAAUUGUUGCCAUCUUAUGCUUUCAUUCAGUGUGGUGGACUACUUCAACAAAUCUGCUUGUAAAGUAUCCACCCUCUGGUGGUGUACUUAUCACAGCAUCCACAACUCCUUUCCAGGCUCCAUAACAAGAAGUGAUAUAUUCCGUGAAAGACAGUGUUCAUGUAACUUGCUUUGGAUCAAUCAUUUGUCCCUGUGGACACGACAGUAAUCCUUUUUCAGACGCUUUUCCUCUAGCUCCCAAAAAGGACAUAUGGACUGGAUUAAAUGGUUCAAUCUUCCUAAAAUAAUGGAUGGUCCGGUUUGGCACAAGGGAGAUAGCUAGUUAUGGACAACUAUUAUAUUGGCUGC